CUUAGUGAGAGCGGAUUUCACCGUUUUCGUGUGGCGCGGUCGUUUCGCCGUGGACAGAGCUCUCUACAAAAAAAAAAACAACAACCAAAAACCGACCCCGGUGGCUUAACGGAGACGGAGAGCUGUGGUUGUGUCGGGGGAUUACGGCUCUCCCGUCGUUUUAAAGUUCCGAUCUGCUGCCGCAGGAUUGGGGAAGUUUAGUUCUGAAGCACCCGUGGCUCCACUUCCCUGCAGACACACUCUUUAUAAUCAGCGCCUCUCACAUGACUCGCUCGGAAGUGGUGACACACUGAAACCCUGAAAUUGCAGAUAUGUCACAGACUACAGUCUCGUGAUGGAGAAUGUAACGAGAGCUCCGCGGCAAAUAGGCUCCCACCCUGAAGCACCCUUAGCAUCACAUGUCUCGUUGGCCUGCCCGGUGACACAAGCUUGCGUUACUUAUCUAUCCACCUUAAGUGUCAAAUGUCCUUUUAACAGGGAAGCAGGGCUCAGUAGACACCAGUGUUAAAGGGCUCACUGUCUGGCCAGCCGGUUACAUUUUGCACAUGUGAGAGAAAUAGUUUUUUGUUUUUUGUUGUGUUUCAGCGUGCCAUGUGGGAGUAGACCUUCCCGGGAGGUGCCAUGCUCGCCACGCAGAUGCCAGACACGCCACCCGAGGCCAAAGACGUCAAACAGAUUAAAGAGAAGUUGGCCCAGUCGCUGAAGGCCCUGCAGAAGCGAUACGUCACGUCAGACACAGUCGUGACCAGUGAAGAUGGUGAUGCCAACCUGCUCUGCUGUGCCCUGGAGGCCAUCUUCAUCCAUGGUAUCAAGGGCAAGUACAUCCACUCGGAGGCUGGGGGUCGGACUAGGAAGGGAGACCGGGGACCCCUCCCUCAACCGUUCUUCUGGAGCCUCCUCAAGACCGUCACCCACCGCGAUGUCAUCACAGAGCUAGAGAAGAUCAGCUUCGUGGGCACGGAUGUGGGCCGCUGCCGGGCAUGGCUGCGGCUGGCCCUCAACCACGGCCUGCUGGAGUGCUACCUCGCGUCGCUGUUUCGGGAGGACUCCAUGCUGCAGGCCCACUAUCAGCCCAGCGCCUUGCUCCUGAACACUGAGGAGCGGGACGUUCUGCUCAGCUACCUCCAGGGUCUGGCCUCGCUUACAUUCAGCCUGUCUUACAAGUCGGCUGUUCUCAACGAAUGGACCACCACGCCCUUGGCUCUCGCUGGACUCUGCCCCUUCUCCCAGGCAGAUACACACGACCCGCCCCUUAACGGUGGGGACCAUCCCACCUCCAAGUCCACGUGCAAGGAAUCGUGGGAUACGGUGUCUCAGUCAUCGUGCUCAUCAGAUGCUCCGUGCCCCAUGCUAUUGGUGGUGAGGGGGUCAAGUGAUUUACAAGGGGGUAGGACCGCACUCAACUCAUCCAAUUUAAGCCUGGACACCACAGGCUCCUCUCAGCUCUCCUCCAGCUUCAGCUCCGAUAGCCUCCUGCAGGGGCAGGACCCACGCAGCCCGACAGGAGAGCAGUGGUCCUCGUGUGACCUGGACUUGCCCAUUAAUGUCAACAUCAGUGCCAAGAGGCCACAGAAAGAUUCGCUGACUGAGUUUCGGGAGAGCGGGCAGUGCAGUCAGGACUCCUUUGUCUCAAGCCCGGGUCCGGAUCAGUUUUCAGAGACGGCAAUUUUCAGUGGCUCUGACAGUGAGACCCAGGGUGCCGCUUCCCCAUCCCAAGACCUCACAGCCCAGCCCCCGAACUCUGUGCUCUCCGAACCAGAGCCACCACCGACCUCCCUUGAGCUGCCAUCGCCUGAGGACAGCCGUGUUAACCACACUCCCUCUGAAGCGUGCGAUUAUACCUCUGAGGAGUUACACUUGGACGCUGGCAUUCUCUCCACGGUCGGCGGGCCGGUUGCGUCUGCGGGGCCUGUAGAGGGAGUAAAUACGGCCACUGUUAAGGAGAGUAGUGAGCCUGGCCGGGAAGAGAAAGAAGCAGAAAGCUCAGAGAAGAGCACAUCAGAGCGUCCAGUGCACCCAGGGCCACAUCGCUCUACCAGCAUCCUGAGCAGGAAAUCGUCCUCAGAUUCCCUAUCACAUUCCCAUUCCUGGAUCUCUGAGGAUGAUAUCUACAAGCCCCAUCUGGAGGAGGUGUCGGACCACGAUGAGGCGCCGCCUCCUGCUCCCGCGCCCGAGGCCAAGGUCUCCCAGUCACCCCCCAGUGUCGUCCAUCGCAGACAAAUAGGCCUGUCCAACCCGUUUCGUGGCUUACUGAAGCUCGGUCAUCUGGAGAGAAGAGGCGCAAUGGGAAUAUGGCGCGACUACUACUGCGAGCUGUCGCCCUUCGAGUUCCGCCUGUAUUUCAAUGCAGAGGAGCGGACAUGUUGUGACAACUGCUCCCUGGUACGAUGCGAGGACGCUCGCAUCACCUCACCUGAGGGCCGCUUCGAGCUGUCCUUUCCGGGGAAGCGACUGUACCUCCGAGCAGCCAAUCAUGACGAGGCUGAGGACUGGGUGGACCGGAUAGUCGAGGCCAUCAACAAAUGCCGGCCAGCAUCUCGUGUUGAUGAGCAUUGGGAGGUGCUGCAACCAUCCAGUGAGAAUGGUCUAGAUGAACGCACAUUUUCAUCCCUGUCCUCCUCUCCCUCCAGCCCGGAGAGAGGCUUAUUGUCAUCCGACACAGGUACAUGUGGAGGGCAGGAGGCACCUCCUCCUCUACAGGAGUUCGACUGGACUCGGACUGCUGAUUUGGAAACGGACGCCAUCAAAGAAGCUGUUUUGUACUUCUCGACAGAUCCCGAAGCUCGGACAUGGGUGCCUCUGAUCUUCUCCCUCUCCUUGGAGGCCAUGAAAGGCUUCCGGAUACAAGGGGGGAAAAAGUUUCUACAGCUAACCCAUCCCAUCGAGGAAAUCCGGGAUGUGGUGCCUGACGUCUCCCUGGGAGGUCCGGCCUUUUUCAAACUCUUGACCGUGAGGGAGACGCUUAGACUCAGGGCAGAGAACUCGGACGAAGCUCGCUCUUGGAGGGUUUUGAUCCGUGGAGCUCUGGACUCUUAUCUGGAGAGUGGGGAGGAUGAGGGCUCUGAGGAGCAAGCCAUAGUACGCCCUGGGGUGAGUGGAAAUCUACACAAACUGGUGCAGCACAGACUAAAAGAAAACGGAGCACUUCUAGUUCAUCUUUGCACCGUGCCCUCGGAGAAGGGACUGGACACUCAGAACUUCAAAUGUGCAGGGUGUCCUCAGCAGAUCGGCCCGUCCCUGGGCAGGGCCAGGUUGUGUGAGUUCACAGGCCAGUACUACUGCGACUCCUGUCACCACGGCGACACCACCAUCAUCCCCUCACGCAUGGUGCACAACUGGGACCUCACACAACGAGAGGUGUCCAAGAAGGCCCUGCGGCUGCUGGCUCAGGUGGAGCAGGAGCCUCUGCUGAACCUGGAGCAGUUAAACCCUGAGUUAGUAAAGCAUGCCGAGUCCAUGGCUCAGGCGCACAAACUGCGGCAGAGGCUGCGCCUCCUGGGCGACUACCUACUCACCUGCCGCAGCGGAGCCUACAAGAAACUCCAAGACAGAAUGGGGCACCGAACGUACCUGUUAGAGGCGAGCCAUCUGUACAGUGUCGAGGACCUACGUCAGAUAGCAGAGGGCCAAUAUGCAAACUACCUGAUGACGCUGUCGCAGUUUGCCUCCAACCACGUGUUUCACUGUGACCUGUGCACUCAGCGUGGCUUCAUUUGCCAGAUAUGCCACGCUGACGACAUCAUCUUCCCCUUCCAGUUUGACACCACCACCAGGUGUAAAGAUUGCAAAGCUGUCUUUCACCUGGCUUGCAAGGCUCCAGAGCGCUCGUGCCCUCGCUGUCAGCGAAUGAAGAAAUACCUGGAGAGGGAUCUUCAGGACUGAGCGAGCGGCCAGCAGGGCGGCGACGUGUAGCUCGCCACAAAGACCACCUUUUAACCAGGAAGCCAGGAGGUCGCUUGCGGGGAGAAAAAUAACAGAAAACUGAAAGGAAAAAACAAAAACAAAAAAAUCUAGCUUUUACACGAAGUAACCUCAAGUGCAAUUAUGAGCGCGAUGAACCUGCCCUAACUGACCUUAAAACCGAAGAGGGAGGUGCUACAGUAGCUAGACUCUCUUGCACUAAUCCAGAGGCACGUCGGGCCUCGGGAUGCUGACACAACGCAGCCAAAUGUAACUGACUUCAUACCUCUCCGAAUUUCAGAUUCAGCCACGGCAUCGAAAGACGGACAGGACAGCGGUGAAGGUUGCCGCCGACAUACAUUUUCACAUCGCGGCUUUUUACCUUGUUUGUCUCGAUUGUGUCAGAUGCAUUCUUAACCAUCAUGUUUACCGGAAACACCCUAUUAUGCAUUCGUCUUGGAUGCACAGAGAAAGUCGCAUACGUAAGCAUAAUACAGCAGUGAUUGAGGUCGGGUACUAUACAUGCAAAAUAAUGAAAACCUCACUUGAAAUGUUCUAAUUAACACAUUUUGAUUGUGCCUUCUUUUUAAUUUAAGCUUUACACUAUUUAGCUCUCGGUGUGUCAGUACUACUACAGGGCCAAAAAAAAAGCAUCAGAUUGCCAUAAGCAUGAGGUGAAAAUUACACAGCUGCAUUAGAUACUUUGUGCAAGUGUGAAAAUCCGUCAGCAAGGAGACUCCGUGGAAUGUUUCUCUUGGUGUAUUAACUAACUCAAGGUUAUUUAAACUCACAAACAGGCAUCGAUGUGUAGGAUUUAAGACACAGCUCUGAGUUCCUAAAGGCUCAGAGGCGGAGAUUUAAAAAAAAAAAAA